AUGAUUACUAAUUUAGUUCGUAAUAUAGUACAGUUUGGAGGUACUUCGACAUUUGAAAAAGCUAGAUUAUCUGCUACCUACAAAGGGGAUUAUUAUUAUCCGAAUGAAAGUGACAUCGAGGCCAUAAUGCUUACACUUUCUGGCAAGGAUCCUGAAACACGUCCUCAAGUUGGAUUCACCACAAUCCUAGCCAAAUUGGAAUCAUCGCAAUCUAAAAUCUAUUGGAAUUACAUCAUUAAAAACUUAAUUAUCCUAGACAGAUGCAUUGAGUAUAGGUUCUUUGUCUCAGACAUAGCAGAUAUGAAUAUCAAUUAUGUAGAAAACUAUGUUGAACGAGAUCCCAAAUAUAAAAGUCUGUCCAUGGAUUCAUUCAUUAGAAAGUAUUACCUCUAUUUGAAGAAGAAGGCUACUCUGUACUCAAUCAAGAAAUCAAGUUUCAACACUCCUAAGGAAGAGAAGAAGAACUAUUUUAAGUAAUAAUCUGCUGAAAAUAUUUUCGAGGAAUUCAAUAAAGGAUAACAAUUAUUUGAUUAAAUAGUUGAUAUAUCUAUACACGAUAGAAAUGGGUUAUUAAAAUACCGAUUGAAUCAGUAUGUCUAUUAAUUGCUAUUGUUUACAAUGCUAAAUUUGUAUUAUAACUCAUACAUUUUGAUUGUCAUUCUGAUUGAGAGGUUGCUCAAAAUGCCACUUAAUGAGGUCAAACAAUUCAAAGAAUUAUACAAUCAUUUUCUGAAAAACAAUGAAGUCCUCGUAAAUUUCAUAAAUACCAGACUCUACAUCAAAGGAUAUUCUGAUAUCAAUACAAGUGAGAUAGCUAGAAUUGAUACAAGAAUAAUAGGGGCUAUUGAGGAGUAUGUUAGAAUAGCUGAGAAAUCUUAGAGUUCAAUUGGAUUGUCUUAGGACAUUCAAAUUUCUAAGGAUCUUAUGGAUGAUGAAUUGAUCAUCCUAGAUCAAGUGGAGAAAAUGGGAGUUAGCAUUUAUAAAUAGGAUGGCCAUGAAGAUCAAACUAGAGGAGUCGGUCACAAAUUGAGUACUAUUCAAAAUACUGUUUAGAAGGUCAUCAGUUUUGAAUCUAAAUUAAAAGAUUACUAACACAAAUACAUAAAGAAAUAUCCAUAAAGUGCAUUCAAUACUGAUGGGUUCAAAGAGGAUCUCUAUAAGGGCUUUAUGAAUAACUAUUCAACUGAGUAUGUUGUGAUAGAUCCCAAAUUGUUUAAGACUUUGUCUCAUCAAAAUGAGAGAGAAUCAAGUCAACCACAUACAAGUUUAGAAGCUGAGUAUCAUGAGGACGGAAUCAAAAUAGAAUUUAUUCAACCAAUAAAAGAUUUUGAUGAAAACGAUGUUUUUUGUUUUGAAGUCCCAAAAUUAAUAGACAACAUUGAGGAAUUUCCCAAUGCAGAUGAGGAAGACUUUCCUGAUUAUAAGGAUGAAGAAGACAAUUGA